GGAGGUCCGGCCUGGCACGGCACGGGUCCUAGUGACUGAGCUGAGUGGAUCAGGACAAAUAAACCCAACUCCUGCACCCAAGCCGUGUGAGGACUCUGAAACAGCAGUGGAGCUUUACCUCUCUCCAGAGAAGCUGUGCUCUAUGAGCAGUAACAACAGAAAAGGCAGCACAAGCUGUGCAGAUUGUUGUUUCAAGGAGAGGAAUCACUAUGCGGAACUCGGGAUCUCUCUCAAGUGACCUCUCUGGAAAUCUGCGUAGACACACAAGAAAACACACUGGGUAACUUUGGUGCCAACUUGCCCAAGCUGGUGCAGCUCAAAAUGAACAACAGCACGAUCAUGUCAGUAAGAGACCUGGGGACCACCCUCUCCCACCUGCAGGUGCUGUGGAUGUCUCGCUGUUCUCUACAUGACCUAGAUGGUAUUUCUACUUUAUCCUCCCUCAAGGAGUUGUACAUGGCCUAUAACAAUGUGUCAGACCUGAGUCAGAUUGGCAUGCUGGAGAAUCUGCAGCUGUUAGAUCUGGAAGGGAAUGACGUUGAUGAUCUAGUCCAGAUUCAGUAUCUUGGGUUGUGUGGCAAACUCCAGACGCUCACCCUGGAGGGAAACCCGGUCUGUGUGCGCCCAAACCCCACCGCCAUUCAGGCGGUGGACUAUAGUUAUCGGGCUGCAGUGAGGGAGUUGGUCCCUCAGCUGUGUUACCUAGACGAUUUAAGGGUGGAGGAGGACGGGCUGAGCUGCAACAGCAACAUGGGAGAGGACUGGGCCAUUCUCCGAAACUCCAUCAGAGACUGCAACUCCUCUCAGGCAGCUACUGAAGACGAGGAAACAGCAGACAGUGCAUGUCCUUAUAGCAGACCCGGCUCGGCCUGGCGCCCUGCUUCCAGCCGCUCCUGCGUCUGGCCCCUCUCGUCAGCAGGCUCCAGACCCCACACCGGCUCCAGACCCAUGUCAACGACCAGGCCUGGGGUUCUCUCCCCUCCUGGAUCCAGACCUGGUUCUGCAGACUCAGAUCUGGCAACAGUGGAAGCAGAAACCAGCAUCCUGACACAUGGAGCUGGCAAGAUUCUGUUCUGCGGAAACCCAGUCCAGGCCAUUCGAGCGAGAAGAGAAAAGUUGAGGACAGCACCCACCAGGUCUACUUUCACCCCCCGUGACCUCCCCAUCCAUGUACCAGAACACACGUACGACCUUGAGGAGCCUGAUGUCAGAGAUCGCAUCGAUGUGUUUGCUGAGCUUAGAGCUUGGAGGGAGCAGCAGAGCGGGCGUCUCCAGGCCAUAGAGACAGAAAGAUUACCACAGGUCCUGGCUAUUCGUCAUAGUGAUGAAGAAGAGGGGGAAGAUGAUGAUGAUGAAGAAGAAGGCUUUGGUGGUGCAAGGAAUGACAGUAGUGAUGAAGAACAUGGAGCAGAGGAGCAUGGUGACAGCCGAGAUACUGCCUCACCAGAUUCGUCUUUCCAGUCUCUUUCCCCAGACCUGCAUCCCAGACAAGCCUUGUCCCCUGAGGUGGCUCGACUGUCCCUGUCCCCAGACACCACGCUGUCCCCUUCCCCCCCUCUCGGUGCCACGAUAACAACUGGUAAUCGCAAGCCACCGGGGAGCCGCGCACGCAGGCUUCGACUCAGUCAGACCAACUCAGAACAUUUACCUGAUUUCAGCAGAGCAGGGCGCUCCCCUAGGACAGGUACACCCGCAGGAGACACAGACCGGACACUCCAGAGGGUCCAGCAGUUGACCAGGACAGAUGGUCCUCUGUUGCCCCGGCAUGCACACAUACCCCACCCACCUCCAACAAAUGCCCUUGGUAAAGGGCUCAUGGAUUCACGUGCGGAGAUGGACUUAUGGGCACAGUCUGGCAAUAAGCAUUUUCAAACUCCCCAGAUGUCCAAACUCCUGGACAGACCAGCCAUUACUCGUCCUCACACAGCCAGGGCGGCUCUACAGAGACAUCACCAGCACCACAUAGACUAGCCCUGCAGAGGGAGCUCACACCGAGACUGACACCAGAGUGGGUGGAUGUUUGGCUGCCUGGCCAGUGAUCAGUAUGAUUAGUGUGACUGUUCAAUACCUUUAAGAACAGAGUGGUAGUGGUAGUGGAGGAGCAUUAAGGGGCAUUCCCAUUAAUUGCUCACUCACACCAUGCUUUAAGGUGUGUUGGAAUUACCUGUAUUUCGCCAUACGACGUUCUCUCUCUCUCUUUCUCCUUUUCUUUUUAAAUGAAGAUCUAUUAGAUAUUGAAAGCAUUCCCAGAAAUGCUGCGACGUGAGUAACAGUGUUAUUGGAGGACUUGCUACACUGAGAUAAUCCCUCUAAUGCUACUGAGUGGCUGGUUUUGUGAUGGCUGUUUUAGCCGGAGGAAAAAUAAAGGGGAUGUGACUAAUACCUCAUAUUUGCAUUUCUCAGGUUGAAACAUGAAAUUAUUAUAGCUCAAAUACUACCUUGUAUUUUACUCAAUUAAAAAAAUGUCAAUA